GAAGUAGUACGGCAAAGUUGUGUAUUGAAGAACCUGGGAAAGUUUGACGAACUUUCGACAUUGUGGUGAUAAAUUGUGGUUUCUUUGGGUUUCUAACUUCCUGUGAAUGUUAAUCCGUGUGUGUUACUUAUUCCGGUUAGUCUCGUUCAUGAGUUUUUGAUUCCAUGUGAAAUGCUCCUGUUCGCUGUGCCAUCCAUCGUCGUCCUUCUCAGCAUUCCCGUAAAUGUAUCGGCGUCAUUAUUGCAACCGAACCAAACACGUCGAUUGCGCAGUGGUACUGCAGAGCAGAUUACUCAGUUGCGUGAUUGUCCUGCCGCUGCCAAUCCAUUUAUAACAAAAUGCACCAGAAACUCAAAGAUGGACUGCUAUUGCAUUGUUUCCAAACGAAUGGAGAGAGAAGGCGCCGAAAAGCUUUGCCAAGAAAAUGGAAUGUAUCUCGUGACACUCGAAACUGAGACGGAAAAUAAUUAUGUUAAUAAUCUAGCCAAGGAAAACAGGGACGCAAUAGAAAAUCAAUUCUGGACUUCCGGGUUCAAUAGCAACCUGAAUCCAUUCAACUGGGUCUGGGAUUAUUCCGGUCUGCAUCCUGCCAAACCCUUCGACUACACCAAUUGGUGUGCCAAUGAACCAAACAAUUUCGACAGGAGCGAGAAUUUUGUCGCGGUCAUUAACGGCUGUUGGCAUGACGUGCCUAGUGGACUCCGUUGGCCAUUCAUAUGUAAAUUCCAAGCCAACAUCUUCGACCCCGUUCUGCAAGACCAGCAACGCUAUUUCACACAUCUUGGUGAGAGAGAACUUGUUAUUCCCUGCCGGCCAAGUACAGCAUUUUAUACCGGCGCACGUGUGGAUAUUUCAAAGUACAUCAGCGACACGGAAGUCUCUAUUCAGAUGGUAUCCAAUGGCACCACCGCAAACAAUGACUACGAGUACGACCCGCUAAAAGGUUUCAUCAUCCGCAAUGUAUCGUCGAAUGACGAUGGAAAAUACAAUUGCUCAAUCACUAUUGACAAGGGAAAAGUAGAGGCAUGGAUGAUUUUUCAUAUCGUUAAUGUUGGUAUCCAAUUAAAGAUUGACAGAGAAUUUGAUCCAUUGGAAGGAAAUAACGUGAGUUUGACGUGCGACCCGCAGCAGUUGAUAAAGCGACAACCACCUUUCGCCCCCGUCAAAUGGUUUGCUGUUUUUACUGACAAUGGAGAUGGCAAUGAAACGGCUCUGACUCCGACUGCCCCUGUUUUACCAACAGGUGCAUGGAUGGAAUUUGUUGAUGAAACUGUCUCAACCUUGCCGCAAUUAAAAAUUUUCAACGUGUCGACUAAUUUGUCCGGCAACUACAGAUGUGGAUUCGUGUUCCAUAGUUCAAACAACUCUGUCCAGCUGACUUCAAACACACUUUCACUAAAUGUUUUGAAGAAAAUUGAUUGGUCAAAUCAGCUUAUUGGAAAACAACUGGCACAAGUUCUGUCACCUGCCUCAAUAAAGCCAGAUAAUUAUAGGGUUAUUCCACUUGGAAAUGACCUUCGCAUCUCGUGCAGUUUUGACACUAGAGGUUAUCUACCUUAUUACCAGUGGCAUCGGGAACAAUUUGAAGACGAUUCUGGCCACAAUUUGAGGAAUAAAGAAACACCUUCCAGGAUCACGAUGACCAAGACAAUCAAUGCAGAGGAUGGCACAGACAACCUGACGAUAUUUGUAACAAACGUGACAGUUGAGGAUCAAGGACUCUUUACUUGUCUGUUAAAUGGGGUACCGCCCGUGAGCGUUAGCCAAUAUAUUUACGUGGAUGAUCGCAAAUCAGAAGACGCAAGUAUUACUUUAAAAAGCACUUCAAGCAAAGAAUUUUUUAGAGUCCUAGGUCAACAGUCGAUCAUUCCUUGUCGACCCGUGCAUCCCAGCAUAGGCAUGGAUAUUUUAAAACUAGCUAAAAACGGCCAAAGUGACGAGAUCAUAUUGAAUAGUACAUCACCGGAUGAUAAUUACGGAUACAAUCCUCAAAAAGGAUUCAUUAUCCACAAGGUGACCGUGACAGACGAUGGACCUUACCAAUGUUCACCUUUCGGGAGUGUGGAUCCGUCCAUCAUUUUCACCAUAACAGUAGUGGGAGUAAUGGUCGAAUGUGUGGUUGGUUGUGAAUCAUCUCCGCGAAGAAUAGACGGAUUUCUCACGAGUGAAGUUGACCCAGCAGUAGAAAGCGAGAAGGUGGAGUUGAAUUGCCAAGGGUUCAGGAUCAACGAUCGUCCUGCAGUUUUGGAUUGGUUUGCCAUCAGAAAUGGAGUUCAAGUUAAAAUUGCUGAUUCGAAAAGUCACCCAGAAUUGAAAUUGGGUGUCACCAACACCAAGAACAAAAUUCAAAUGCGGAAGCUAACAAUUUCCAAUGUGAAGAAGAUGAACACUUCAACUACCUACACGUGUCUCAUGACCGCUGGCAAAGAAACUUAUUCUGAUUCUAUUGAGUUGAAAGUUUUGCCGAAAAAUCAAGACAAAACGAUUGCCAUCGUUACAUCAGUGACAGUCAUGUUAGGAGUAUUUUCCAUUGCCAUAGCCAUCGCCCUCAUCUAUUUUUACAAGAACGGGGAAAGGAAAUUUAUGAGAUUGGAGGGUCUUCUUCAGGGCGAUCAAUCCAGACUGAAUCGCGAUUUGCCGUUAGAAGAACAGGCCGAUUUAUUGCCAUACGAUAAACGAUGGGAGUUUCCAAGAAAUCGUCUGCGUCUAGGUAAACAACUGGGAGUCGGCUGUUUUGGUCGUGUACUCCAAGCUGAAGCGGUAGGUAUCAACGACGGAUCGAAUAGAGCAGUAAGUACCGUUGCCGUUAAAACAACUCGAUCGCAAAGAGAUGCAACGGCUAUUGAAGGACUCAUCAGUGAAUUGAAGAUCUUGCUUCAUUUGGGGUCACAUGUCAAUAUCCUCAACUUGUUAGGUGCCUGCACAAAGGCAAUUAAUCGAGGUGAAAUAUUUAUUAUUGUGGAAUACUGCUGCUUUGGUAAUUUGCGUUCAUACUUGAUAAAUCACCGUGAACAAUUCGUCAGUCAGGUUGAUGAAUCUGGAGAAUUGGUUACGAACGACAUUGAGGAUUGUGCGGAUGAUGCCAUUACUACAAGUAAGCUAGUUUGUUGGGCUUACCAAAUUUCACGCGGGAUGGACUACCUGGUUAGCAAGAAGGUUUUGCACGGUGACUUGGCGACUCGUAAUAUUCUGCUGAGGGAAAACAACGUCAUCAAAGUGGCCGAUUUCGGAUUGUCACGUUGUCUUUACAAAGACGAAAAUUACACGAAGAAGAGCAAAAGUAUGCUGCCGCUCAAAUGGAUGGCCCUCGAAUCUCUGACAGAUCAAGUAUGGUCUGCCCGGUCCGAUGUCUGGUCAUAUGGCGUCGUUUUGUGGGAAAUUUUCUCACUCGGACAAACUCCUUAUCAAGGGUACAGUGAUGAAUUUCAAUUCCUGCAAGCUUUGAAGAGCGGCUAUCGCAUGAAGAAGCCGGAACGUACGCCAAAUUGCGUGGCAAGUGUGAUGGAAUCGUGCUGGAACGCUGAUCCCAAUCUGCGGCCCACCUUCACUCAAAUUGAGGAAAUAUUGGACGCACCACUGGAAUCUUUCGUCAAAUCCUUUUACUUGCAACUGAAUGAAGAUUAUCAAAGAUUGAAUGCUGAAAGGAUGACGCUGGACAAUUUUACAGUGAAACCUACUGAAGGCUAUGCUGUCGUACCUCCUUUACGUCCCACUUCCUUGGCGAAUUUUUAUGCCGUAGACCCUGUGGAUCAAUCGAAAAAUAGCGUUCGGUUAAAUUUGUCCACUUCGGGCUAUACCAACCAAUGUGUUAUCGACGAGGAGGCAGAGCUACGCCGGCAAAAAUUUUAAAAUCGAUUGCAUUCAAUCGUCUAAUUUAGACAUUUUAAUCUCGCUACCAUUUUAUGGCAGUUUGGCGACUAAAGUACCUUUCGCAAUUUCAAAAUUCCAAUCUUCAAUCGAAGAUCCCUGCUGAAAUACCCAAAUAUCAAACCCAAAUAAAUCAUUUUCCUCGUUCGGUCCCGACAUCAAAUUGUGCCACGUAAGUAGGGAAAUCAAGUGCUUUUUAGAGAUUCUCUGAGGAGCUUUUGCAGUAUCGUGAAAAAAUAUGUUGGAAAACACGUGUUGCAAUGUUAAAUGUUGGUACGUAUGUUUGUUGUCGUGAUUAAUGCCGUUUUCUCCGACAUCUCUGUUGAUAUAUUGUUGGUGAUUAACGUAAUUCGUGAGUCACCUUGGUGGUGCAAAGAUAAAUAGGAGAGAUAA